CCUUGUCCCCCGCCCGCCAUGUCGUCCCUCGGAAGAGAACGCAGGUCCUGGACCGCGCAGGAGGAUCAGCUGCUCAGGGAGGCCGUCGAGCUUGAGGAUCCCAAUAACUCGAACCCCUCGCGGUGGCAUGCUAUCUCCAAGCACGUCCCGGGACGCACGAACAAGGACUGCCGGAAGCGCUGGUUUGCAAAGAUGGCGACAGACGUCGUGAAAGGUGGUUGGGCACCCGACGAGGACGAGCGUCUGGUGAAGGCAAUUGAGAAACACGGGACAAGAUGGUCCCUUGUCGCCCAAGUCGUCCAGACGCGGAACAGCGAUCAAUGCGCCAAGCGGUGGACAGACACCCUGAAUCCCGCCAUAGAUCGCACUACGUGGACGGCGGCGCAGGACGAUCUGCUCAUCCGCGCUGUCAACGAACACGGCAAGGUCUGGACGAAGAUCGUCAAAACGUACUUUCCCGGCCGGACGGGGCUCGCAGCUAAGAACAGGUACAACAGCAUCACCCGCUUCGUCUCAACCUCAGCGACCCGUCCGCGCCGUGAUUCCGCCGCGCCGUACGAACGCCGCAAGAGCGUCUCUUCCGUGACCUCCGCUGGCAAUGCGUCCCCGUCCUCAAGCGCCGCACCACUGUCCCCCAUCAACCCUGACGCGACCUCUUCGCUCUCUUCCUGUAUAGCGCUCAAGCCCGAGCCGUCGUGGUCUGACCAGUUACCCCCGCUUCCCACGCCAUCACUCCCCGACCCGUCCAUGUGCGCCGCUAUGCCCAGAUCAGCGCAGUCCUCCGACAUCUUCGUUGGCACCAAGUUCGAGGCCAUGCGCUGCUUCCCCAUGCUUCCGAACGCCGCUAGCGCGUACGAGCAGGCCCUGCAGCGGCAGAACAUGGAGCUACAGCGCCGACGGUCUAUGCAGGAAAGCAUGCUCUCCAUGCCCAACGAUCUGUCAUUAGGCGCGUUCCCGCCGGCCACCAACGCCAGUCUCGACGAUCCGUUCUUCACGCAUGCUGGCGCUAGUAUGCUUGGGAGGGCUUCCAUGCCACCCUUCCCACCAGCUGGUCUCCCGCCUUUGGACCCAAGCUACUUCGACACGGCGCCAUAUUCUGUCCCUGUCAGCGCGCCGCAGCCUACGCUUCCGACAAAUCUCAACGCGAAUUGGUCUAGACAAUGGGACCCAUACGCGGCCGAACGGCAAUCGCAAGCGCAGACGAAUAAGUCGUCGAAUUACGUAUUCUAGCACCGUUGCCGUAUGCGGAGAGGGACAAGGCAUUGUGCUGACGAGCCCGCCUCUCUCGACAUAUCCCGGC